AUGCGCCGCUCAGAAUACGAGACCCUUCUUGCCUUCGAGGCUCUCCCUUUCGCCUGUGGUGGGGUACUCCCAGAAGAUGUCCCACCCUUCACACCCUCUCCGGUAGAGUGCCACCAGUGCGCCCAUCAUUCCUUCGCUCCGUGCGGUGAAGACGAUUCUCUUUCGCCCUCGUCCUCCCCCGACUCUUCCGGAGCUGCGCCCCUGGCCCCAGUAGGAACCAUCUCCUUCCGCGUAGCCGAACUCGAAGAUCGCGUCGAGGCACUGAGCGGACGGUUCCACAUCCAAUACCAGCUGUUUUCUUCCCAGCUCGAGGCAGCUCGCCAGCUUAACGGCUUGGAGAUUGCAGACCGCGUACAUGACAUCCUCAGCUCCCGGAUGGCCCUAGUCGACCAAGAGAUGUAUGGCCGCGCGAAUGACUUGAUGGACGACGCUUUGAAUGCCCGUCUUGGGUAUCCCUUCCCCCAUCGCGGUCCUGACGCUCCUCCCUUCCUUCCGGAGCUCCAGCACACCAUCCGCCUUACUUCCGAAGCCGCCCUCGCUGCUCAGGAGGCCAUUGCGUCCUUCACCGCUGACUGGGGCGCGCAAAUCCGGUCGGUUACUUCUCGCCUAAAUCGCGUCGAGGACCAAUUCUCCCGCUUUCUCUCUUCCAAUGCCCACUCCAUCGACGAAAAUAACGCCGAGGUCCUUCGCGCCCUGUCGUCCGUGGAAGAGGUCAUGGCUUCGAUCCUCGCCCUCCUUCGCUCUCCCUUGUUCGCUCCUUCCUUCCCUCCUUCCCUCCUAAUCCCAUCCUCCCCCGCGCCCGCCACUCCCCCCCCUUAA